AUGUCCUCCCAGCCUGUUGGCCCUCCCGUACAUCUCCCGCAGCCCCAAUUCCCAUCCCCAUCCGUGCUUCACGGACGGACCGUCCGCCUGGAGCGACUGCGCCCCGACCACGCCCAUGGACUGUACCCAUUCCUCGGCGACGGCAACGACCAGCUCCAACGCGCAGCAUGGGCCUAUUAUGCGGACGGACCGUUUCACAAUUUCGCCGAUUUCCAGACGUUCAUCACCUCGCAUUCAGAGAGCACAGACCCGUACUUUUUCGCCAUCGUGAAUACCGAAGAUGAAGAAGAAAAGGUAACGGGGUAUAUCUCGCUCCUGAGCAUCGUGCCGAGCCAUUACCGAUUGGAGAUUGGACAUGUGCUUUUCGCCCCUACUAUGCAGCGUACCACGGGCGCGACGGAGGCUAUAUAUCUGCUUUUGAAGUAUGCGUUUGAGGCAGGGUAUCGACGUGUUGAGUGGAAGUGUAAUUCGUUGAAUGAGGGGUCGGCGAGGGCGGCGAAGAGGUUCGGGUUUACGUAUGAAGGCCUUUUUAGACAGCAUAUGGUUGUGAAGGGGCGGAAUCGCGAUUCAAUGUAUUUUUCGAUGUUGAGGGAGGAGUGGGAUAGGGUGAGACGUGGGAUGGAGGCGUGGCUGGAUAAGGGAAAUUUCGAUGCUGGGAGGCAGAAGAAAAGAUUAGAGGAGUGUAUGGAUCUUUGA